CCCAUUUAAAGCCCAGCCCGGGAACGCCCCGGAGCAGUGGAGGCCACGCGCAGCCCCGCCAUGGGGGACACCUUCAUCCGCCACAUCGCCCUCCUGGGCUUCGAGAAGCGCUUCGUCCCCAGCCAGCACUACGUGUACAUAUUCCUGGUGAAAUGGCAGGACCUGUCCGAGAAGGUGGUCUACCGGCGGUUCACGGAGAUCUACGAGUUCCACAAAACGUUAAAGGAAAUGUUUCCUAUCGAGGCGGGGGACAUCAAGUCGGAGAACAGGAUCAUCCCCCACCUGCCAGCCCCGCGGUGGUUUGACGGGCAGCGCGCCGCCGAGAGCCGCCAGGGCACGCUCACCGAGUACUGCAGCGCGCUCAUGGGGCUGCCCACCAAGAUCUCCCGCUGCCCCCACCUCCUCGACUUCUUCAGGGUGCGCCCUAACGACCUCAAGCUCCCCGCGGACAGCCAAGUGAAAAAGCCAGAGACUUACCUGAUGCCCAAAGACGGCAAGAAUAACAUAGGAGACAUCACGGGCCCCAUCAUCCUGCAGACCUACCGCGCCAUCGCUGACUAUGAGAAGACCUCGGGCUCCGAGAUGGCUCUGGCGUCCGGUGACGUGGUGGACGUCGUGGAAAAGAGCGAGAGCGGCUGGUGGUUCUGCCAAAUGAAGACAAAGCGUGGCUGGGUGCCGGCGUCCUACUUGGAGCCCCUGGACAGUCCAGAUGAAGCGGAGGACCCAGAGCCCAACUAUGCAGGUGAGCCCUAUGUCACCAUCAAGGCCUACAUUGCUGCGUUGGAGGAUGAGGUGUCCCUGGAGGAGGGUGAAACCAUUGAGGUCAUUCAUAAGCUCCUGGACGGCUGGUGGGUCAUCAGGAAAGACGACGUCACCGGCUACUUCCCGUCCAUGUACCUGCAGAAGGCGGGCCAGGACGUAGCCCAGGCCCAACGCCAGAUCAAGAGCCGAGGGGCGCCGCCCCGCAGGUCGUCCAUCCGCAACGCGCACAGCAUCCACCAGCGGUCGCGGAAGCGCCUCAGCCAGGACGCCUACCGGCGCAACAGCGUCCGAUUUCUGCAGCAGCGCCGCCGCCUGGGGCGGCCCGGGCCGCAGAGCGCCGGGAGCCCGCUGUCAGAGGAGCAGCCGCAGCCGCAGAGCGACCGCGCGAAGCCGCAGCCGGCGGUGCCCCCGAGGCCCAGCGCGGACCUCAUCCUAAACCGCUGCAGCGAGAGCACCAAGCGGAAGCUGGCGCCCGCCGUCUGAGGCCAGGGCACCCCCUCCAGAGGGUGACCUGACCCCUCCGCCCGCUCCCGCCCGCUCCUUGUGUGCGUUUGUAUAGAGCCUGGCGUCUGAGCGCCGAGGGCAUCCCCGGGCCCCGCCCCACCUCGCUAUCCACCGCCCUCAAUAAAUGUUGCUUGGAGUGGACAGAGGCUCUGCAGAGAUGCGGGGCCGGUUGGGCUCCGCCCUUGGAAGUAUUUCUGGAAUUAAGUGAGGGCUGUGAAGUCUGCUAGGGGGAAGUUGCAAGAACCGAGGUCAGGUUGCAUACUGCCCUGGCCUUGGCCAAUACCAAGUUUGCACAACGCCAAGUGCAACAGGAACCUCUGGCCCCCACUGGCUGUUUGCACAGAAACUGCAAACUUGAACUCUGGCCCCACUGCAGAGGAGUCCUGAAGAAGGGUGGACACAGUCUGUGGUCAGGGGGAUCGGGAAGGUAGGUGACCUUGUUUGUGCACCUUAGUCGGCCGAUAAAAGAAUUGUCAUUUAGGUAUAGGGAGGGGGCACCUCUGAUUCUUCACCGAGAGCCUGUCCAGUUCGGAGUUGUACCAGAAAGCAAAUAUUCACUGAUGAACACGUCCUCACCACUCACUCCGGCACUGCUGCCAGCCCAUGGCCUCAGAGUCUUUGCGGGGGGGGGGGGGGGGGGGUCUUUCCCAAAAUGCAGACACACUACCAUGCAAACUGGAGCUGCAAAUCUUGCAAAAGAUGCAGCGUGUCACAAAGGCUGUGGGUGGCAGGGGGAGCUGUUCCCUCCUGGGAGAGAAGCCGCUAUGUGAGGAUGGGCAAGGCUGGUCCCGAGAGAGAAGAGAAAAUUGGCAAGGGGACCGAUGCCUCUGAAGAGAACUGUUUGACCGUCCAAGGGUUGAGAGAGGCCUUGAGAUAGAUAACCACUGUGCCCUUAACGAUUUUUGCAGACCCCUGUUUGCUGGAAGAGUCCAGCAACAACAACUGUCAUACAAAGCUGUGAGAAAGUUAACUACGGACAACCCCAACCCCCUUGCUUGUUCAGCUGCAAUUAUAACAAAAAUUAAACACAGUAUGAGAAAAUA